AUCACCCGGCGCCGGGCCCUCCCUCCUGCCCCCCCCUUCUCCUCCCUCCUUCCUUCCCUCCCUUCCUCCCUCUCUCCCUCCCUCCCAGCUCCUGCACCAGGAAACGGUCCGGAUCCCGGCAGCGGCCUGACCCGGCUCCACGCUGGCCGGGAGGAUGAAAGGCCCCAGCUGGGGGCUCCUUGCCACCAGCGCUGGGUCCUAAGAGCUGCCAUCCAGGCUGGCCGCCCGGAUGGCGACCCCAGCCUCAGCCCCAGACACACGGGCUCUGGUGGCAGACUUUGUAGGCUAUAAGCUGAGGCAGAAGGGUUAUGUCUGUGGAGCCGGCCCUGGGGAGGGCCCAGCAGCCGACCCGCUGCACCAAGCCAUGCGGGCAGCUGGAGAUGAGUUCGAGACCCGCUUCCGGCGCACGUUCUCUGAUCUGGCGGCUCAGCUGCAUGUGACCCCAGGCUCAGCCCAGCAACGCUUCACCCAGGUCUCUGAUGAACUUUUCCAAGGGGGCCCCAACUGGGGCCGCCUUGUGGCCUUCUUUGUCUUUGGGGCUGCACUCUGUGCUGAAAGUGUCAACAAGGAGAUGGAGCCACUGGUGGGACAAGUGCAGGAGUGGAUGGUGGCCUACCUGGAGACGCGGCUGGCCGACUGGAUCCACAGCAGUGGGGGCUGGGCGGAGUUCACAGCUCUAUACGGGGACGGGGCCCUGGAGGAGGCGCGGCGUCUGCGGGAGGGGAACUGGGCAUCAGUGAGGACAGUGCUGACGGGAGCCGUGGCACUGGGGGCCCUGGUAACUGUAGGGGCCUUUUUUGCUAGCAAGUGAGAAAGUCCAGGGCCAGGUGGGGUUAGGUGAGGCUGGGGGUCAGGAGAGCAGGAACAGAACAGAGAAAUGCCCUCAGAAGAAGUGGAGGGAAUGGAUGGGAAGGUGUGGAACAGGAAGGGGCAGGGACAGGGUAGUGUGUGAGGGAGCUGAGCAUGCCAGGCUGGCGGUUGGAAGAGUGAACAAGGGAUACUAGGGAAGCUUUUUGGAAGGUCGGGGGGGCAGGAGAUGGAGUCCUUCCAGGGUUGGGGGGAGGUGGGAGGGAUAUUGCCUAUAGGUGUGGGCACAGGGAACUAUCUGGAGCUUGGUUGGGCGCCCUGAGGAAAGUGGACUUGCAUAGGGGGCUGCGUCUCCAUUUGAUGAGUGAGAUUUGGGGAACACAGAAGGCACACUCCUUUGGAAUGGAAGCUUGGGGUUCUCAAGUGAUAGGGAGAGGUGGCUGUGACAGUGUGCUGCUUGGACACGUGUGUGCAUGUGCACGUGUGCAUGCUGGGUGCUUGGCUAAUGAGAUGUUGGUGGGAUUCCUUAAGAAGAAAACAUUCCCUCUUGCAAUGGCAAGUACAAGGGGCAGUUCUCUGCCCCUCUUCCCAACCCCUCCAUUCAUUCCCCCUCCCUUUGUCCUGAUGCCUCAAGGCUGAGAAAGAAACACUGUAGCCAGACCUAGCUCUGGAGUGUCUCUGCAGAAAGUUUCUAGCAGGGCUUUGGAGAGCCGAGCAGUUAUGCAGCUGGCCUCGUUCCUCCAUCAUCCCCCCACCUUGUGCAUCUCGCACUUGCUGCUGCCUCCUGGGCUCUGACAGAAGGAUAGAGCUGUUGAGCCCGGGUGGGUGGAGGCCUAGGUAGUUGGACCUGCCUGCCAUUCUCCUGACCUACGGGGCACGUUGGCGUCUAAAGUGUUCCCUAUCUCUGGGACCUCUGUACUCAAACUUAAACUCCAAAUUGGGGCCCUAACUAAUUUUCCUUUUGAGGGUGUGGACAUAAAUGCCAAUCCAGAAUACAGUCUGGGUCCUGAACCGUGUCUCGGUGAGACUGUCGAUGCUUUGAGAGGACUGUUCCAGCUUGAACCCCAUGGAUGUGAGGGUGAUGGGUACUCUGGGACUGGCCUAUGCCGUGUGACGGGCUUUGGUGUUGCUUUAUCAGGGGUCAGGUAUAUGGGUUCUAGAGUACCUACCAGGACCUAGAGGCACUUAUGUUUUCUUUGAAGCCACACAGUUUGCAUGGGUGUUAUUUAUCUGUACCUCAGAGUCUGAGGUGUUACCUGUAGAACUCACAGUCCUCUAGAACAGAUUCAGAUGAUAGCUUUUUCUUUUGAGGAAGAAAUGAUUCACUCCAGAUGCAUGCCCUGAGCCAGACCUCACUGCUGCACUUUCCAAGGUGCUAAAAUUGCUGCUCUCCAAUGCUGACUUUCAGACACAGUGCUCUAGAACCCCGCCUGUGAUCUUGAGCACUGAUCAGCUUAGCUAGACCAUGGUUGACUCCUCUUGGAGAUUUUCACUUGGUCCCAGAAUGUGGCAACAUAGUUGUGCUCUCUAGAAUGUGGGACCAAAUUGGCCUCAGGUGUUUAGUCCAGACUUUUGCUUUUGAGAGAGGGCUGCACUUUUUAAAUGGUAUUUAUAGGGGAGGCGGUAGACUGCAUGUGCCACUUGGUUUGUUGUGAGUAUGCUGAUACCAGAAACUCAGAGCUAGUCUGUGGCAAGCAGUUGGGGUGGGGGGGUCUCUGACUUGCUCAGGACAAACUAGGCCAGUGGUUUUCAAACUGCUGGGCAGAGCCCUGAAGUUUCCUAGGGGUUACCUCAGGAGUUCUUGGGGAGAUGAAGGGAGUGGGGGAUUGAGCAGGCUGGGCAACUUGCCCUCAAACAGAAUAGCUCCCCUAGUAGCUGUCUUACAUAUCGGGGUUCAGGGUAAGAUUUUAUUGCAUUAAGGGUUUGCUGCUGAAAAAUGUUGGAAAACCACUGACUAGACCAUCAGCUCCAAAUUGGAGCCUGUGCUUCCCCAGGUUUGGGGCAGACUCUGCAUACCCUACCCUCUAUCACAGGACGCCUAUCCCUGUUAGCAUUCCUGGGGGCCUUUAGCAAACAGGGGUGGCAGGGACCAUGGCCAGGUUACUGAAAUGCCCUGCUCUGAGGCCUUCACACCUGGGUGGAAGGAGAGGCUGUUUUCCGAAAGGGUAGAGGGCUUGGUCUGGAUUCCCAGAAGCAUAGCUUGGAUGGGACCACAGUGGGCAGUUUUGACCUGUCCUGCCCUUCUUAGCUUGAGGGGCAAUGGAACCCCCAGAGACUCUUCUGUCAGGGAAAAUUAGGGACUCUCUUCUAGAGCCAUAUAGUUCCUUGGGAUUAGCUCUUGGCCAAGAAGGCUGAGUAUGGCUCCCAAUUUUAAAAUCCAUUUCAUUUUUUUAAAAAAUAAGGGAAAUAAAUGUAAUUGCCAUUUUUCAAAGAUUUAAAUAGGUGGAGAGGGGCUUCUUGCUCUCCAGAGCCCAAAGAGACAAAUAGGGACUUUGCUUAGGCCAAGGAAGGAGCGGAAGUAGGGCAACUCGGUCCUGCGACUAUUAAUCCCACUCCCCACUUAUUCUAGGGCAUACAUACACUAUUUUACUUUUUUAAAAUCAUAAAAUGGCAGAACAGAUUUGGUUAGUUUAGAAGAAAAGAAAAUCUCUAUAAAUAUAAAUAUAUAUUCCUGUAUUUUUAUUUAAUAAUUUAUAAAUACCAAGUUCAUUUGACUUUUAUUUUUGUGUAAUAUGUAAUUGUCGUAUUAAAAAAAUAAAUAAAGCCCAGAAGUUUAAUGAGAAGGA